AACGACACGUCGUACAAUUCAUCUCCCAGUCCCAGCAAAGCCCUGGCAUCUGGAAGAAAGAAAAACUCGUGCUGUGAGUGUGGUGUAAAGUGUGAAUACUCGUUGAAUACCCCAAACCCAACACACUGGAAUGGCAAAGCUCAACGACGCCACCAUCUCUGAACCCUAGCCAUCGCUCACAGUCGCAGAUUCCAAAUUUCUCGCCUCAAGUUCGCACCACCAUGUCCUCCGACGACAUCACUCUCGUUCCCGACCAGAGAAUCGACAACGGUCUCAACUCUCCUCUCGUCUUCCAAGACGAUCCCUUGCGCUUCAACUGCCCCGCCCCACAGCGCCGGGUCGGGGACCCGGGUCCCAAAACCCGCCAACUCGGCCCGUUCAUCGACGACAAGAUCUUCAUCGACCGUGACCGCUUUUUCACCGCCCAAGGCCCAGAAUUUCGCCGGAACAACGUCUACGCUGACUGCUCCGGUCGCCGGGACCCGCCGGACGCUCGGAAUUGGAGCGGCAACGGCAGCGCCGCGACUCGUAGCGGCGACGAGUCCGACGACGACGAAGACGAUGAUGAAGAUGACGAUGACGACGAUGACGAAGACGUUGAAGGCGACGCCGAAGUAGAAGGCCUCGUUGGUGAUGGAAGCAAGCGCAGUUCCAGCGCAAUGAAUGAUGCUAACAAUAAUAACAACGGUAGUGGUGGUGGUGUUAGCAAUUUGCCUGUUGUGGCAAAUGGGAAAGUUCAGCAUCAUUCCCCGUAUGUUUCUGGUAGAGAGCUGUUGGGGAAGGAUGGUGGUGAUAUUGGGCAAUUGGUGCAUAAUAAUGUGGGUGGUGGUGAUGAAGAUCAUGAGCGAGAAGGGUUGGGAAAAUCCCAGAAUUCUGUCACCGUUGCAGAAACUGACUGUGAGGAGUACUAUUCGCACUAUCUUCAAGGUACUGAAGGGUCUGCUUCAGUGCAGAAAGUUAUGGUAGAUGACAAUGGUUGUGGGUUUAGUGGAAGAAAGGAUGUUAUGUAUUCAAGCGAGUCCGGGGAGUCAUUGAGGGCGAUUCUUUCAGAUCCUGUUACGGGAGCACUUAUGGAUGAUGCGAUGAUAUUACCUUGUGGACAUUCAUUUGGUGGAGGUGGAAUACUGAAUGUUAUUAGAAUGAAAGUUUGCUGCACGUGUUCUCAACCUACAUCAGAGGAAUCAAUAUCUCCAAACCUAUCACUUCGAGCUGCUGUGCAGGCAUACCGUCGGGAAGAGGAGUCACAAUUUUACCGGUCAGCCAAAAGAAGAAGAGAAAGACUUGAUCAGGGUGGUUUUGGAGAUUCAACUGUUAUGGAACUACCAAGGAGUAGAGGCGUUCAGUUUCCUUUUGCCGUGAUGGACAGGGUUAUAAUAAAGGGGAACAAAAGGACACCACAGCGCUUUGUAGGGCGAGAAGCUAUUGUAACAACGCAAUGCCUGAAUGGAUGGUAUGUGGUGAAGACAUUGGACAAUGCAGAGAGUGUAAAGUUGCAGUAUCGCUCCCUUGCCAAGGUUUCGGAUGAUCCUUCAAAACCUGCCUCCAGCAAGAUGGCACCUAAUUGGGUUUAGAUAUGCAGCAUCCCUUCAACAAAUUGUAAGGUUGACAAUAUACACCAAGACACCACUAUAUUUUGAGCGUUCAAACGCUAACAUACCAAACGGAUUUUCUUUGUAAUUCCACUGUUGUAUUCCUUGCAAGAAAACUGCUAGCAGAGUUUGUAAAUAUUAAAAAAAAAAAAAAAAAACCUUGCCAUGCUGUGUUCAU